AUGUCAACCCGUAGCUUUCAUGGGAAGGAUUUGUUGACAAACUUCAUGGUACAGCCGCUACUGAAUGGAGUCUAUGGUAUCUCAACUUUUCUACUCAUCAGCGGAAUUCUCACUAAUUAUAUCGCACUGUCGGUAACCAAAGGCGAUGUCAAGAGAUUCAAUGUUGUGCUAUAUAUUGUGUUACGUUUGGCCCGACUUUUGCCACAAUUAAUGAUAUUUAUAUUAUUGACAUUUUUGUUACCACUGUUGGGUUCGGGCCCUCUUUGGGCUGAAGUGGUCGGC